GCCAAGAUCUAUCCCGCCUCUCCGGCUGCUGCGGCAUGCCUCUCGGUUCCUCCACGCCACCGCUGUGGCUGAGUCACCCCCCCCGACUAAUGUUGUUGCGGAGGAGAAGGCACAGCGACCUGUGUAUCCAUUUGUGGCGAUUGUCGGGCAGGAGGAGAUGAAGCUGGCGCUCAUUCUGAACGUGAUAGAUCCCAAGCUGGGAGGUCUGAUGUGCAUGGGCGACAGGGGGACGGGCAAGACCACCACCAUUCGAGCCAUCGCUGACCUCCUGCCGCAGAUAGACGUCGUUGCGACUGACCCUUUCAACAGGUAAGUGUGCACUUGACUGCGAGUUCAUGCUGUAUUCCUCUUCUUCGUGUGCCUGCAGUUCUCCCAGCGAUCCUGAUUUGAUGGGCCCUGAGGUACGGGAUCGUGUUGAGCAUGAAGAAAGCCUCAAGGUGACCAAAGUGAAGGUCCCCAUGGUGGAUCUACCUCUCGGCGCAACAGAAGAUCGGGUGUGCGGGACCAUUGACAUCGAAAAGGCACUCACCGAGGGUGUGAAAGCAUUCGAACCAGGUCGAAACAGGCAGGGGGUCGUGUAUCUGAUUUUGUUGUGCGUCGUGCCUUCGGUCUAGGUCUUUUGGCCAAGGCGAACAGGGGCCUUUUGUAUGUAGAUGAGGUCAAUCUGCUGGACGACCAUCUUGUGGACGUACUGCUCGAUAGCGCAGCGUCAGGAUGGAACACAGUGGAGGUGAGAAUGACACAGUGAAAAGGCUGCGCAUGCUCAAGUCUUCACACGAGGCGUGUGAGGUGCUUGUUGACGUCCUUGGUGCUCCAGCGGGAAGGUAUCUCCGUCCGCCAUCCAGCCCGUUUCGUGUUGAUCGGGUCAGGGAACCCCGAAGAGGGCGAGCUGCGACCUCAGGUAUCACGGAAGGGACAAAUGUAAUGACGGGAGCCCACCUUGUUGGCUGGUGCACUUCAGUUGCUUGACCGCUUCGGCAUGAUGGCCGAGAUCCACACGGAGCGGGAUCCUGAGAGGAGGGUGCAGAUCGUCGAAUUCAGAACAGGUGCAAGCUUAGUCGACACACAAGUGCGAAAAAAUGCAUCACGCCUUCGUGUAAGCUUUCGACACGAGCCCGAAGGAGUUCGUUAAGCAGCACAGCGCCGAGUCCAAUAACUUGCGGGAAAGGAUAAUCAGGUAAGAGACGGAGGAGCGUGUAGAACGCUCGCAUCCGGCUUUCAUUCGCCUGCACGUUUACUGCUCACCCUGCGCCUUGUCCAUUCAGGGCUCAGGCGCUGCUUCCCACGGUGAAGAUGGACCACGACAUGCGCGUCAGAGUGUCGCAGGUUUGCAGCACGCUUAAUGUGGAUGGACUCAGAGGGGAUAUCGUCACCAACAGGGCAGCGAGGGCAUAUGCGGCUUACCAGGUGGAAUACACCGGUGGAAUGAACACGGGUUAGAAAAGAAGAUGGCCACUUGUGUCAUCUAACCCAUCAGGGUCGUGACGAGGUGACAGUGGACGACAUCGGCAGAGUCAUCACCCUUGCCCUCAAACACCGACUCCGGAAGGAUCCCCUGCAACAGGUGCGACCAGCGAGCGAAGCUAUCGACUCGGCAGAUCUGCCUGACUGCACCUGUCGUGUGAUUUUAUUUUUGCCAGGUUGAGUCUGGCGACAAGGUCAUGAAAGUUUUCAGGGAAGUCUUCGAACUGGAAGAACAGGACGAAGACGAAGAUUAGAGUUACUCUGCUGCGAUGAACAUUAGUCAAAUGAUUUUUCGUCUUGUGAGCACGUUCUUUUUCCUUACGAACUCACCAUGACAAAAAACCUUUCGUCCCAUGGAGUAUCCACUGAUGGACGGUUUUGAGCCCAUGAAACAACUUCAUGAGGGGAUUUACGGGACAAUGGCCGUGGGGGUCACUGAGAAUCUGUUUCAGAAAGCUAUCCUUCAUACCUUCACUGCAUAAAGAGAGGUAUGAAGGAUCAAAACCCCUUCACAGUAAAUCCAAG